UGAAUAAAUGUUACGCGGCCUUAAAUGGGUGUCUUAAUGAUGGGUGGUUUGAACUUGUAAGUGAAAGAAUGAGAACAAGAUAUUGGGAAUGUUGUAACGUGUGUUUAGUUGUUUAAGUAUGAUAUGUUCUCCCUCAUUUGUAAAAGCAUUUAACGUCGAGAGAGAUAUUAGGGGGGGUGUGAGGAGAACCUUGCACUUUAUUAUUACAGUACCCGCCACACUGUCAGCAGAGGAAUUGUUAGUGCCUCUCCUGCUGCCUCUUCCUUAUCUUAUUAGCUUUUUUCAUUAUCUCUUUCUGUCUCCAUUAUCUCCCUCUGUUUCUGUUAUCUCUGUCUCCCUCACCGCCCUCCCCAGAACACCCAGGGUGCACUCCCGCAGGUAGGAUGGUGGGUCGCAGCCCCUGCGGACGCCCGCCAUCCCUAUAACAGCCGCAGCCGCAAUGUCCACCUCCCACUCUUCGGGGUCCUCAUGCGGGCGGGUGUCAGGGGUAUGGCCGCACUCGCUGGCCGCAGGAGGCGCCCUAACCCCGAAGAACUUGCUGCGUCUCCACAAACUACCCCUGGCCGCCCACCUGCACACGCCCACCGCCCCGCCGGGGCUGGACCUCUCACGCCCACUGCUGCUAUACACCAACUACACCUCAACUAAGGUGAGGGGCGUGUCGUUGAGGCCUGGUAGGGACGGAGGCCUGACUCCCGUGGGUCCAGCUAUCGUCAUCCCAGAGGCCUACACUGGUUGGUUCGCUAUAGUUACUAGCGAGGGUCACACUGCUCCAUUCUUCUCUACAGUGGAACAAGUUGUCAGCAGUCAGGUGACCUUCUUCCUCACCCGCUACGAUAUUCCAGCCUACACUAACCUCCAUGACGAAAGUGGUCGCACAACGUACCAGAAGACGGUGGUACAAAGCGGCCACGUGCUCAAGCUCCUGGGCAUCUUCGAGGACCUCAACUCCAAGAAGACGAACAGUGGAGGCAGCCGGGCCCGCGAUGCAACCUUCAUCUUCCCUUAUGAAUUAGCUGCCACAGAUGGCGUCAUUAGUACAGUGGUUACGUUUUAG